UUUUGAGAUGAUGUCCCUGUUGAGAAAGCCUAUGAAGAUGCUGAAAUCAACGAACAUGGUUACAUUUCUGUCUGUUUCUCCCUCCGUCUCCUCUAUUUCACCAUGGCAGCUGUCAACCGACGGGACAUUAGCAAAGCGGGGUAUCAAGCUGCGCUCACAGAGUUAAAACGUCAUUGAUAUGAAAGAGGAGAGUGUCUGUUUACUGUCUCUGUCGAGACAUGUAACACCGUGAGUCUUUUCCAGUCUGAAAUCUUCCAGCAUCUCUCACAAACCAACGUCUCCUUGAGUGACUGAAUUAAUUCACUCUUGUACCGGGGGAAAGGGAGGCAGAUCCGUUCUCCAAUGGCUUCUGUGAGCCUUGUUUCCAGUCCCCCAGCCCCUGUUCUUGACAAAAACAUGAAAGACUCUGAGCUUGCAGGGGAUGAAAGAGAGGAUGGCGAACUGGAAGAUGGAGAAAUAGAUGAUGAAGGGAUUGGAAUUGAAGAGGACAACAAGGAGGCUGUGGAGGUGAAUGAAGAGAAGGAGAAGGAAAAGGAGAAGGAAAAAGAGAAGAUUAGAGAGAAAGAGGAAAAGGCUCACAGACACUCCAGGAAAAGAUACAGAAAGACCCGAGAGAAGAGGAGGUCUAAAAGAAGAAGACGUGACAGACCGAAACAUCACUCGCCCUCAAGCAGCUCCAGCUCCGACAGCUACGACUCUGACUACGAUCGACCGGAAAGGUCCAAAGGCAGAAAGGGCCUGGGAUCUAAUCGCGAGUCUGAUGGCCAGUCCUCUCAGCAUUCAAAGGGAGGCAACUCACACAGGUCCCCACCGUACAAGAGCAGCGAUUUCGACAAAUACAGCGACUACAGCGACGACAAGUACGACUACGAUGACGAGGAGGAUGAUUAUGAAGACGACAUGUCCGAGUAUCAGCAGUCAAAAGAUUCGUCGAGUCAGGGAAGGGGGCGGCACGCUAAAGACCAGAUGAACAGAGGAAACAUGAGGGGGAUGAAGCAACAACAGUACGGGCAGAGGGGAAGAGGCAGAGGGAGUGGACCGGGGAGAGGACGUGGGAUGCUGAACAAGAACAAGAAGCUGAAGGGUAAACCCUGGGGAGGACGCGGACGAGGUCGAGGUGGAGAACAAGGGAUGGAAGACAUGGCACAGGAAGGAAAAAAUUUGUCCGGUUUCCAGAAGAAGCGGCCAAUAAUGAGCAAGGAGUUUAUCAAUCAGCACACCGUUGAACAUAACGGGAGGUACAUCUGCAAGUAUUUCCUGGAGGGUCGGUGCAUCAAGGGCGAGCAGUGCAAAUUUGAACACGAGCUUGUUGUACCAGAUAAGAAAAAGGAGCUUUGUAAGUUUUAUCUUCAAGGAUACUGCAGUAAAGGAGAUAACUGCAUUUACAUGCACAAUGAAUACCCGUGCAAGUUCUUUCAUACCGGAGCCAAAUGCUAUCAAGGAGACAACUGCAAAUUCUCCCAUGAAGCUUUGACCGACGUGACCAAGGAGCUGCUCGAUAAGAUAAUUAAUACUGAAGAGGAGAAUGCCCGGGAGGAUGAGUUGGAGCUGGAGGAUCUGAGAAAACAGGGUAUUUCCCCACUUCCAAAGCCUCCUCCUGGGGUUGGGCUGCUGCCCACUCCCGGUCAGAGCAGUCCUACAGAUAGCCAAGCAGGGAAGAAGAUCCCCUCUCUUUUUGAAAUCAAGGUUCAACCAACUGUAGACUUGGCACAAAAAAUCGCUCUGAGCGGAUCCAACUACCCUCAGAAUCAAGGAGAAUGCACAGGUGAGUUUACUGGAGGUUCAGAGGACACACAGAGCAGCAGCAUGGUGGCUUCAGGCUCUUCUGCUCCUCCUGUUCCUCCACCCGGAUCACCCGUUCCCGUGGGUCACACCGCUGCGCCACCGAUGCCACAAAGCCCACCAGGGCAGCACCUGCCGCACGGAUUUCCAAUGCAGCCGCCGAUCCCAUCCAGCCAACCGCCACCCUUCCAUGGAAACCGACCUAAUAUCAACCCGCAGAUGAAUAUACAGAGGCCUCCAUUCCCCCCUAUACCAGAUCUACAGAUGGCGCAAAAUCUCUUUCCCUUUCCAUCUGCGGGUCAGAACCCACUAGACUUCCUUAGCAGCUUCCUCCGAAACCAGACCAUUGGUCAACAAGGAGACCCUGGUCUGGCUUUCAUACAAAACCUCCAGCAACAGAUUGGUGCAGAGUCACAGUUGCAGUCUUUACCACCAGCAGUACAGAAAGCCAUCCUUUUACACCUGACACAGCAGCAGCAACAAGAGUCAAAUCCACAAGGGAGUGAAGCACAGAGAGCAGAUGGCCAGGAUGAAAAUGCAAGCAGAGAUGAAACUACAAACUGGUACUCGAGCGAUGAUGAGGAUGGGAGCUGUGUUUCCUCCAUUCUUAAAUCUCUGAAGAGACAGAAUGAGAUGCAGCAGUCUCAGCCCAAGACUGCCCCGGUGGCUCCAGCACUGGGUGACCCCCGCCUCAUUAAGGAAAGGGCUCCACCCAGUGACCCACGUGUCAAGGCUGACCCUAGACAGCGACUCCCAGAUAUGAAAAAGGAGCCAGAUGGCGCUUCGGAUCCACGGCUUUCCAGAGACCCCAGGAAAAUGAGACCAGUGGAACCGAGCUCAUACCGGCAGCAGAGCCAUCCUGUUCAUCAAAAGCCUCUUACAGGAGAGGAGGAUGACGAAGGAGAGAGGGAACUCAGGGACAGGGCUGUUCUCAUUCCUUUAGAUGCCAGCCCAGGUGUGGUCCUGAGAGACCCUCGAUGCCAGUUAAAGCAGUUUAGUCAUAUUCGUGUUGACAUUCUGCUCCAGCGGCCUGCCUUUGCUCAGACAGUUGUGUGGGCCCCUGAGGAUCUCAUCCCCUCUUUAGUGCCCAAACAGGAACACUCCAUCAACCUGCCUCUUCCACCUCUAAUUGCUGAUGCUCAGAUGAACCGAACAAGCCUGCCCGACCACCCCCCAGUCUCCAGCCCCCCGCUAUCGGAUCCCAGACUUGCAGCUGCACGUUUGAAGGAACGUAUGAGCCGACUGCCCACCGGUUCUCUAGAGUCGCGAUCUUCUACAGAGAGACCUGUAGACCCACGCCAGCAAAAGUCUUUGGACCCCAGACUCAAACGUACAGGCAGUCUGGACUCCAAGCUGCUGGGUCCGAAAGAGCAGUCUUCUGGGGCAGGACUUGUGGACCCCAGGUUACAAAAGGUCAGUGCUAGUCCCUCUCCUCAUGCUGCCCGAGCCAAGCCAGAGCCAGAGAAACUUCCACCUUAUGCUCCUCGACUGGCGUCCUCUGGUGGAGGGUUGGAGAGUCCCACUACAAUCCUGGGAGGCAUCAGCCUGUAUGAUCCUCGUUCCCAAACCGAGCAAGUUCAGAAGGAGCAGUUUGAGCCUCCUAAAAAGGCGGGGAUUCUUAAACAGGCGGCUAAGAAAGACAGCACUCCAGCACCGUCACUCUCACCCAUCCAACGAAGCGGCUCGUUCGAAGAGGCUAAAAGCACAGAUGCUGCAGAUCACACUCCAGCUUCCACUUCUCCCACUGUAACUCCUGCCUCACCUCUCAAACCACCCGCUGUACAUAAUCUCCCCAUCCAGGCUCUGGCUGGGCUAAUCCGACCCCAGUACACUGACCCGAGGCAAGCUAAACAGGCAGGACAGGGCUCUACAGGAGCACAGGAAGAGGCAGAGGACAAGAAGGAGCAGGAAGGGGAGGCUGCUCCAGAGAAAGAACCGAAACAAGAAGAUCCAGAGGAGGAGGAAGAGGAGGAAGAGGAGGCAGAUGACAGGACACUUAAAGAUGUGUUCAAGACUUUUGACCCCACUGCUUCCCCUUUCUGCGGUCUGAAUCUUUUGAGGAUGUUCUAACAAACAUCGCUGCUCCUCGUAUCUCUCGAAGAAGCUUGUAAGUAGCAGGAAAAAUGUUACGUGUUUUCCAACACGCUGUCAAUCAGUAUAAGAAAUCGCUAAAGUUUUCCAGUGUAUUAUACGGAGAAGUAGUACUAUCUUGAUAACACUGCAGUUGUAUGUAUAUAUGUUACAAAUGUGACCUUGAUGACUAUUUUUACUGUUGAAUUUUGUCGAAUAUGAACCGAAAAGAGGCUAUAAGUGUACAUGUGCUACAAAGAGUGAAAGUUGUAGACGUAAGAUGGAAUAUUGUUUGGUAAUAUUGGUUUGUUUAGGUCAUAGUUCUCCGCCGUCUGUAAUUUGAGGUAUUCCUGUUUGACCGAAACUAAGCUAUUUCCUUUUUUUUUAAAAAAGUUCUUUUCAUGAUUCACAUUGUACAUGCUUAUUUUGUAUCAUGUGUACAGUGUGUUUUGGGGUGGUUUUUUUAUGUCAGCGUGGGUCGGUAUGGUGGUUAUGGUUGUCAUAAUAUUGUCUGAUAUUUUUACAACACAUGCCAGUCGUUUCAGUGAGUUUGUUACAAAUAUCUGGAAUAAAGACAGGAAACAGCACCAGUUUUAUUUCAGAACCACA